AUGCAGAACAUCACUCACGGCCAACUUCGAGUGCUCUCUACUUCGCAUAUAUACACGUUCCCUGCACCCGGCUCGCAGGCCGAGAAGGACAACGACAUGCCCAAUCUCAAGGCCGAGCUCCGUGUGGUCAACGACGUGUUUUGGCUUCGCUUGUGCACUAUGAGCGAUCUCGGCUUCGCCGAAGCAUACAUGUACGGAGACGUCGAAUGCGACGAUCUUGUUUCGUUAUUCCUUAUGUUUGUGUACAAUCGCUCCAACCUCGCCAGCCUCAACACGAAACUCAGCUACCUCUUCACCCUGCCUCAAAAGAUCACCUCCUACCGCUUCCUCAACACGAUCGGCAAUUCGCGCUCCAACAUUUCUGCUCACUACGACAUCUCCAACGACAUGUUCGCAGGCUUCCUCUCCGAAGACAUGACGUACUCCUGCGCCAUCUUCGACGACCUCGAUGGUGAUCUCAAGCACGGUAGCGCAGACCGAAGUUCGUGGAGCGGCGGCCAAGGCCUCCGCCGCCUCACAUCAUCGGCAUCCCAAGAUUUCCCUUCCCUUCCUCAUCAAUCAUCCGAAACUUUAUCUGCCUCACUGGAAAACGACACUCUAUACGCCGCGCAGCUCCGCAAGCUACGUCACAUCAUUGACAAGGCACGCAUCAUGCCGAACCAACGCGUUCUCGAGAUUGGUUCGGGCUGGGGCGCACUCGCGAUCCUCAUCGCGCAGACCGUGCCGGGUACGACAGUCGACACGCUCACGCUCUCCUCCGCGCAGCAGACGCUCGCGGAGCAACGAAUCGCCGCUGCCGGGUUGUCUGACAGGGUCAGAGUACACCUCAUGGAUUAUCGUGCGAUGCCUGCGGAGUGGGAGGGCGUCUUCGAUCGCGUUGUGAGCAUUGAGAUGGCGGAGGCGGUGGGAAAGGAGUUUCUUGAGACGUACUGGGGCAAGAUCGAGUGGGCGAUGAAAAGGGAGGGUGCGGUGGGCGUUGUGCAGUGUAUCACCAUUCCGGAGCCGCGAUUCGAACGGUACAUGGUAGAAAUAGACUUCAUACGGAAAUGGGUGAUAUUCCCCGGAGGAUUCCUGCCAACGCUGACCUACCUCAUGGAAACUCUACAAAAAGGAUCCCAGUCGAGGUUGAUCGUUGAUUCUGUCUCGAACAUUGGACCGCAUUACGCCCGAACUCUCCGUGAAUGGCGACGUCGUUUCCUUGCCAAGUUCGAGGAAGCAAUCGUGCCUGCACUCGUGAGAGAGCACCCGGAGGUGAUGAGCGGGGAUCGUGGGCGGGAAGAAGUGGAGGUGUUCAAGCGGAAAUGGAUCUGUGACUGCUAUUGCGAAGUUGGGUUCACGACCAGGACGUUGGGAGAUCACAUCGUCACUUUCACUAGGGAAGGAUACGAAGAUUACGGAUGUCAAGUCUACCAGUGA